AUGCAGCCCUUCUCGCGGCACACCAGCUUCUUCGCGUCCCUCAAGCAGGUGGAAGACCGGUUGGCGGCGGAGGAGCAGCGGCCGGCGCCCCGACAGCCCGUCGCGCCGCCGCUUUUCUCGGACACCAUGACCGCAUCCCCGCUCUUCCUCGGCGCGUCGACGGCCACGGCCACCGACCGCGGCGGCGGCGCCGGCGAGAGCAGUGGCCCGGCGCUGGACUUCCUCACCCUCUCCAAAGAUGAGGUGCGCGUGCAGGAGCCCCAACAAGACUCCGACUCCGACGACGACGGCGAUAGCGGGGCGGACAUAGCGCGGCUGAUGGCGCUUAUCGGCCUGUCGCCGCCGCCAUGGUUCGGCGACGACGGAGGCGACAGCGGCGGGUGCGACUGCAGCGGCCGCGACGGGUUCAUGGCGAAGGUCGUCGGAGUGGUCGGGCCCAAGUGCGAAAAGGAGAAGAGGAGGGUGGACGGCUGGAUCCAGCAUUACUACGGCGACGGCGGUGGCGGUGAGUGCAGGGAGCCCGCGAGGCUGGCGCAUCUGUUGGUCGCCAAGGCCUCGUGGUCCUGGGAUGGAGAAGGUCCCGAGGAUAGAGCAGCCAUUGCAUUCCCUUCCGCGGUGAAGGAGUUCUUGGACCGUGACGCGCCGCCGCGGUUGACGGAGGAGGGGGAGCAUAGGGAGACAGAGUGA